AUGGCAAACAACAGGUAUCAAUACAAGCCAUUGACUGAACAUGAUUCGAUUCGGCUUUUGGUUUUAUCGCCUUCUGCUGAUAGCACUGCCGACAUUCAUUGCGAUUUACUUACAACCACAUUGAGUAAAGUGCAUCGCGAUGUUUUUAGUGGUUAUACAGCCCUAUCUUAUGUUUGGGGAGAUCUGGAAGAGAAUAAAGUGAUAUAUAUCGAUAAAGAAAUCAUUGGGAUCACAGCUAACCUCGAUUCCGCCCUGCGUGAUAUUCGUGACCCUUUGAGGAAACAACAUUUAUGGAUAGAUGCGAUUUGUAUCAACCAGGCAAAUUCACCCGAGAAAAACAAGCAGGUGAUACAAAUGGCAAAGGUUUAUCAGAUCGCUCGAAAGACAAUUAUUUAUCUUGGGGAAUCUACCGAAGCAUCAACACUGCUUCUCGGAGCAAUUUCACGUGGCUACAAACGGAGGCCAGGCCAUGUAAACGCAACGGAAAUAGAUAUGUUAGCUUUGUUAUUCAAUGGCAUCACUACUUAUACGAGAGAAAAUUAUGGAAAGGCGAUAACCCUUUUCUUGGAAAUACUGGAGCGACCUUGGUUCGCCAGAGUCUGGGUUUUUCAAGAGUUGCUCUUUUCAGCGGACCCAUGGGUGCAGUGCGGGCGACACAGUCGAUCGGAAUCCUACCGUGUAUUUGUUGAGAUGGACGAAGAGCGAAGAAAUUUCAAGUCAGCUAGAAGGCCCUCCAAUACUUUGGCAGAGAAUCUGAUUAAAAUUUUGACGACUAGAAGAGGGCUAGGAGUUUCUGAUCCUCGCGACAUGGUCUUUGCGCAUAAAGGUAUUGUACAGGCCUCAUCAUAUCAGGAUGACCGUGAGGCAGAGGACAUAGCGAUUGACUACUCCAAGAGCGUAGAGAAAGUCUUCACAGAUUUGGCUUGCCACUGCCUGAAGACAUUUCCAGAGGGCAGAAGAUUGGAGAUCUUGUCAUAUAAAGAAAACUGCAACGAUUCUCUUGGACUACCUUCAUGGGUACCUAACUGGACAUUGAAAGGGUUUCCGCACCCUUACCGACGUUUGCGGGAAAUGGGACAUAUCCGUGGUAGUACUGCGUUCCAGAUUCGGCCCGAAGUAGAGGUGAAUGUUUCUCCACCUUUAUGUGCGUGGCUCAACACAUCCUUCGUAUGCUCCGGUUGGCGGGCAGGCAGUAUUACAAAGAUUUCCCAUGCUAUCACUCUAGUGCAAGCUGGCUGGAAGUUGCCGAAAGAACAUCAUCUUGAUCAAUUGCGAAGAGGAUGGCCGCGAGAAAGGGUCUGGAUUCAGGCCCUGACUCGAUUAUAUCGUCACUGGUGUGGUCUCAUUGUACCCCUCUAUAGUGAUGCCAACGCCAUGAAAUUAUCCUCUGAGAACUCUGCACCGCGUGGUCCGCAACCACUUAUCAAUAUGUUCAUAACGCAGUCACAGAGAAGCAGAAAAGAGAAGAUUGAUAAAAUUGCCCGAACUCUCUCUCCACAUAACAUAUUUCCAAAGAUGAAUGAGGAUUUCUUCUACAACAACUGGGGGGUUGCGAGCCUGUUCGCUUCCACAAUAAGUCUUAUUAUGUGGGCCCAUGCCAUAAAUUUUGAAGAUGGAAUUGCUGAAAUGGCCCUUUCAGAGGUCCUUUACGACAGAAGGUUUGCCACACUUGAAGAUGGAACUCUAGUUUUAGUGCCAGUAACAGCUAUGACAGGAGAUGUUGUUUGUUGGCUCCGUCCCGAUCUAACCACUUCUUUUGUUCUUCGGGAAAAAGCUGAGCCACCUGCAGUUUCGGAAAACACGAUUAAAGAUCUCGAUCGCCCAAGUUUGGGAGAUUCUGAGCCUGAGUAUUGCAAAUAUACCUUCGUGGGCGAAUGUCACAUCGACACUCCGAUCUAUAGUACCGUUCAGAAAUCAACCCUAUCACCUCCCCCAAAACCUUGUUCAACACAAGACGACUAUUUCGGAAAGAACCCUGGUUUUAGCAACAACCAUGGGCUUGAGACAUUUCUCAUAAGCUAA